AUGCAAUCUGCGGACAAGCCGACUCGAUCAGAAAUUGACUUGGCCUUGCCUGGAGAGAAAACUCAAGAUGAAAUCAAGAUCGAAAAGAGUGGAGAUAUUAAUGCUCUUCAACGGUAUCGGUGGAACAUGGUUAGAAAAGCGCCAUCCUAUGUUGGUAGAGCGAUUGAGCUUCUCCGGAUAGAACAAGACCUCCGAAAUACUGUCCAGGAAGAGCAAUGCCUCGCUAAGAAGCCUGAGGCCACAGGCAGCUGGCUACUCUAUAGGAAUGAUGUACAGGCCGUGCUUCAGGCUUUGAAGAAGAGAUAUUGGUUGCUGGAACUCCAGUGGUGGAAAGUCCGAAACUCAUUCGUGGAGGGGCCACUGAUAAGAGCAUUUGAUCUAUGGCGAUCACAUCCUCUCUGGUAUAUGCACCGAGUUUUGUUCGAGGAUUGCGUGAGGAAGGGGGAUGCUGUAGCCGUGACUGUGGAUGUUGCGCUGAUCGCAAGAUUGAUAAAACACGACAGCUUGGAGCUGGACAUUGUAUGGUGGAAUGUGGAUGUUGUCACCAGGCUCGGGGGAUACGAGAGCGAUGUUUCAAAAGAGCAGACGAGAAGAGGCAAGGCGGACCAAUUCGAUGAGCCAUUCAUGCUUAUUGACGAAGAGGACGAGGAAGAAGUUGUGGUACCUUAA